UUGGGCUUUUCUCUUGACAGUUUGUCCCCCAUCAACCUUUCCUCUCCAACUCCACAGGGUUUCUUAUCCUGGGCCAUGAGUGAGCUGAAGGACUGCCCCCUGCAGUUCCACGACUUCAAGUCUGUAGACCACCUGAAGGUCUGUCCUCGCUACACAGCAGUGCUGGCCCGCUCCGAGGAUGAUGGCAUCGGCAUCGAAGAGCUGGACACCCUGCAGCUGGAACUGGAGACUCUGCUCUCCUCUGCCAGCCGCCGCCUAAGGGUGCUAGAGGCGGAAACCCAGAUCCUCACAGACUGGCAGGAUAAGAAGGGUGAUCGACGAUUCCUGAAGCUAGGUCGAGACCAUGAACUUGGAGCUCCUCCCAAACAUGGAAAGCCUAAGAAACAAAAACUGGAAGGAAAGGCAGGACAUGGGCCAGGUCCUGGCCCCGGGAGGCCCAAAUCCAAAAAUCUUCAGCCCAAGAUCCAGGAAUAUGAAUUCACUGAUGACCCCAUUGAUGUGCCACGCAUCCCCAAGAAUGAUGCCCCCAACAGGUUUUGGGCUUCCGUGGAGCCCUACUGUGCUGACAUCACCAGUGAGGAGGUGCGCACACUAGAGGAGCUACUGAAACCCCCAGAAGAUGAGGCUGAACAUUACAAGAUCCCUCCCCUAGGGAAGCACUACUCCCAGCGCUGGGCCCAGGAAGACCUGCUAGAGGAGCAGAAGGAUGGUGCCCGGGCAGCGGCCGUGGCCGACAAGAAGAAAGGCCUUAUGGGGCCGCUCUCUGAACUGGACACUAAAGAUGUGGAUGCCCUGCUGAAGAAGUCUGAGGCUCAGCAUGAGCAACCAGAAGAUGGGUGCCCCUUUGGUGCUCUGACACAGCGCCUUCUACAGGCCCUGGUUGAGGAAAAUAUUAUUUCUCCUAUAGAGGACUCUCCUAUUCCUGACAUGUCUGGGAAAGAAUCGGGAGCUGACGGGGCUAGCACUUCUCCCCGAAGUCAGAACAAGCCCUUCAGUGUACCACAUACUAAGUCCCUGGAGAGCCGCAUUAAGGAGGAGCUGAUUGCCCAGGGCCUCCUGGAAUCGGAGGACCGUCCUGCAGAGGACUCUGAGGAUGAGGUCCUUGCUGAGCUGCGCAAACGUCAGGCGGAGCUGAAGGCGCUCAGUGCCCACAACCGCACCAAGAAACAUGACUUGCUGAGGCUAGCCAAAGAGGAGGUGAGCCGUCAGGAGCUGAGACAGCGGGUCCGCAUGGCAGACAAUGAAGUCAUGGACGCCUUCCGGAAGAUUAUGGCUGCCCGGCAAAAGAAGCGGACUCCCACCAAGAAGGAGAAGGACCAGGCCUGGAAGACUCUGAAGGAACGUGAGAGCAUUCUGAAGUUGCUGGACGGGUAGCCUUUUUGCAACCUCAGGCUGUCUGCUGCCCAGCUUAACAAGGAUGAGGGGAGAGGCCCACUUCCGUCCUUUGGCUGCCAAAAGUCACGGCUGUGGUUGUCCUGUCAAAUGAGGACAGUUUCUUGAAACUAAACUGUGGCCCUUCCCUGAGGUCUUUUGACCUGGCUCUGGAACAGCCAAGACACAGUAGGCCCAGCUGAGCCGGGCUGGGUCCCCAUUUGUGCUUGGUCCCCAGGGUGAGGGGCCUUAUUUUCUGGGUCUUCUUCAUUCCCCACCCCCACUCUGCUGACACCACCCCCCUGCCCUUCAUGGACUUCUCCUUUGUGGUUUGUAAAGUGCAAACUUAAGGUUAAAAUGACUGCUGUGGUUUUU